GCUGAUUUAGAGGUAGCCGUUCCAGUGUUCCACGCUCAGUCUCUUCGGACCAUUAGCCCAGGGCGUCACAGUGCCCGUGCCACCGUCAUGACGACGCCGCCGAAUGCACAACGCCGCUUGCUUCGUGACUUCAAGAAGGUGACGGCCGAUGCACCGACCGGGGUCUCGGCAGCACCUGUCGGUGACGACCUCUUCAAGUGGAGUGCGAUCAUCUUCGGUCCGUCCGGCACCGCAUGGGAAGGCGGAGUGUGGAAGCUGGACCUGUCCUUCUCGCCAGAGUAUCCACAGAAGCCCCCAGAUGUGCGUUUCCAGACGGAGGUCUUUCAUCCCAACGUUUUCCCAGACGGUCAGAUCUGCCUAGACCUGCUGAAGGCCUCCGGGUGGUCCCCGGCCUACGAUGUGUGCACCAUCCUUGUGGCCAUCCAGUCGCUGCUUGCCGAUCCGGACACACAUGCGACUCCGGAAGGGGGAGCCAACCCUGAUGCCGAAUCGCUCUUUGUGAGGGAUCGCCAGGGGUACAAUUCGAAAGUCCAGGCCCUGGUGCAGAAGCAGCUGGAGGAGGAUGACAUGGGCUGCCUCAGUGCGGU